AUGAAUCCUCGUGCUUCUCGAUUUCCAUCUAUGCCCGUUUUCGGUUUUCUGUUGCUAGUUACACUCGGCAACAGCCAGCUCGACUACAAAUUUUACGAGAAAAGUUGUCCGAACCUGACAAAGAUUGUGAGGUUCGGAGUUUGGUCAGCAAUGGUCAACGAGACAAGGCUUGCUGCCUCUAUUCUGCGCCUUCAUUUCCACGACUGUUUCGUGAAUGGAUGUGAUGGGUCGAUAUUACUUGAUAGUAACAGCGCCUUCACUGGAGAGAAAAACGCAUUCCCCAAUCGUAACUCGGCCCGCGGGUAUGAAGUCAUUGACUCGAUAAAAGAUAAAGUCGAAAAGGCUUGCCCAUUAACCGUCUCUUGUGCUGAUAUAUUGACUAUUGCUUCAAGAGAGGCUGUCUUUCUGAGUGGAGGGGGCUUUAUUCCUCUGCCUUUGGGACGUCGAGAUGGCCGAACGGCUAAUGAGACUGCAGCUAAUACCGACCUUCCCUCGCCUUUCGAGUCCUUGGAGAAUAUCACUGCAAAGUUUAUAGCAAAAGGCCUUGAUAUGAAAGACAUGGUUGUACUCUCAGGCGGCCACACUCUCGGUUUUGCUCAAUGCUUCACGUUCAAAUCGAGGCUUUUCGACUCUGAUGGGGCGGGAAACCCAGAUCCGACACUCGACUUGUCUCUUUUGACCCAACUGCAGGGCUUAUGCCCGAAUCAACCCGAAUCGGACACCAACUUGGCGCCUCUGGACCCCACGUCGAGCAAGUUCGACAAUGGGUAUUUUAAAAGUCUCGUUAACAACUCGGGCCUUCUGCAGUCUGACCAGGCUCUGAUGAGCGACAACAAGACGGCUGCAUUGGUUUUGAAUUACGUGAAAUGGCCGUUUAUGUUUACGAAGGAUUUCGCUGUUUCGAUGGUGAAGAUGAGCAGCAUAGGUGUGCUCACAGGGCAGCAAGGGGAGAUUAGGAGAAACUGUAGGGUGGUGAAUUAG